CCCAUACCUGGUCUCUCACAUUAGCCAGAGCAAGCAGCAGCAGCAGCGAACUAGGGUUUCUCUGAAUCGCCGCAUUUCUCAUCUCAUCUAAUCAAUCGAAUCAUGGCGGAUGUGGAAGCUGAUGUGGCGGUGGCUGGGCAGCCCCCAAAGAAGAGGACGUUCAAGAAGUUCAGCUUCAGAGGCGUCGACUUGGAUGCUCUUCUCGACAUGUCCACCGACGACCUCGUCAAGCUCUUCACUGCCAGAGCUCGCAGAAGGUUUCAGAGGGGUUUGAAGCGAAAGCCCAUGGCUUUGAUCAAGAAAUUGCGCAAAGCUAAAAGGGAGGCCCCACAAGGUGAGAAGCCUGAGCCAGUGAGAACCCACCUGAGAAACAUGAUUAUUGUACCUGAGAUGAUUGGCAGCAUAAUUGGAGUCUAUAACGGCAAGACCUUCAAUCAGGUUGAGAUCAAGCCUGAAAUGAUUGGCCAUUAUCUUGCUGAAUUCUCCAUCUCUUACAAGCCCGUCAAGCACGGUAGGCCUGGUAUUGGUGCUACCCACUCCUCCAGGUUCAUUCCCCUCAAGUGAAGUUCUUUCAUGCCUGGCUGUCUUCUAGUCUGCCUCGUUAUAGAAUCAGAAUUUGAGAAGAGCCAUUUUGUUUAGAAUCUGAGGUUUGGUUGUUCUUUAUUUAUGUUCUAGCUGGUGAACCUUUCUUAUGACAUUGGAGUUUUUGUUAACCGGUUUUGUAGAAUUUUUAUUAAGAAAAGAAAUUUUGCUUUUUGGACAA